AACUGCUCAUGGCGCGUAGUGUCAGUUGGCACCCGUCAGCCCACGUGACUGGUAGAUUGUUAUAGAUAGGCGGUCGCUACUGGGCUUCAUGACUUCUCUUUGUGAUAUCAUCAUUUUCAAGAAUACUAGUGCCUCUGCAUAAGUAAGAAAUGGAUUUCAUUUUUGUGUGGAUUGUGGCAUUCGUUUUGGGAUUUUGGAUAUUUAAAAAGAUAAACCAAUGGAAACAGUUGCCACCCGGCCCGUGGGGUCUACCCAUUGUGGGUUACCUGCCUUACCUUGACCGACAUCACCCGCAUUUGACCCUGACUGAGCUAUCGAAGCGAUAUGGUCCAAUUUACAGCUUGCAGAUGGGGACCAUUUAUACUGUGGUUUUGUCUGAUCAUCGAUUAAUUAGGGAAGCGUUUUCUAAGGAUGCCUUCUCUGGACGUGCGCCAUUGUACUUGACGCAUGGUAUAAUGAAAGGCAAUGGAAUCAUAUGCGCUGAGGGAGCAUUAUGGAAAGAUCAACGGAAGCUGGUAACAACAUGGCUUAAAAGUUUUGGAAUGAGCAAACACGGCGUAGUUCGAGAAAAAUUGGCUAAACGCAUUUCAAGCGGAGUCCAUGAAUUGAUUCAAAAUGUUAAAGAAACUCGUGGGACACCGAUAUCUCUACCGAGUAUGAUUACGAAUUCCUUGGGGAAUGUCAUCAAUGAUAUAAUAUUUGGAUUUAAAUUUCCACUAGAGGAUAAAACGUGGAAUUGGUUCAGACAAAUACAAGAAGAGGGCUGUCAUGAAAUGGGUGUAGCAGGCGUUGUGAACUUUUUGCCUUUUGUGCGAUUUAUAUCUCCAUCAACACAGAAGACAAUGCAAGUGUUAGUUCGCGGGCAAGCUCAAACGCAUAGACUUUACGCUAGUAUUAUAGCGACGCGUCGAAGGAUUCUGGGUUUGGAAACCCCUCCAGGAUCUGAAUACAAUGAACAUGCAAAUAUAUUUAAUGAGCAUCAUGAAGGUUUCAUCAAAUGUAUAAAAUAUAGUAAACAUACGUCGAAUGCUGAAGUGCAUUAUUUCGACCCCAAAGUACUUAUUCCCUCAAAAGAUGAAUGUAUUUUGGACAGUUUCCUGGCCGAACAAAAGAGGCGAUAUGAGAAUGGAGAAGAGAACGCUCACUUUAUGAGAGACGAGCAGAUGUAUUAUCUUUUAGCUGAUAUGUUUGGUGCGGGUCUGGAUACUACAGCUGUUACCUUUUCGUGGGUUUUAUUAUACUUGGCCCUGUAUCCUGAAGUACAAGAAAAAGUGCGAGAGGAAAUAUUAACAGUGUAUCCGGAGGAAUGUGCGGUUGAUAGUUUAAAACUGCCUUAUCUCAUGGCAGUGAUCUGCGAAACUCAACGUUUGAGAUCGAUUGUACCUGUAGGGAUACCUCAUGGAUGUAUACAAGACACUUUCUUGGGAAAUUAUCGAAUACCCGCGGGGACCAUGGUCAUACCGUUGCAGUGGGCAAUUCACAUGGAUCCAGAUGUUUGGGAAGAUCCUGAAAGCUUCAAUCCAAAAAGAUUUAUUGACGAACAUGGAGAGUUGUUAAAGCCUCAGGAGUUCAUACCUUUUCAAACUGGUAAACGAAUGUGCCCUGGUGAUGAACUUUCACGUAUGUUAACAGUUGGCCUCUUAGCUCGUCUUGUAAGAGCGUUUAGAAUUCGUCUAUCUUCAGAUCCACCAACGGCUGAGCAAAUGAAGGGAGAAGUAGGCAUUGCCUUGACGCCACCAAAAGUUUUAUACAUUUGCGAGCCAUUAAAUUAAAUUGCAGCUGUAAAAUCUAACCAGCUACAUACAACGGAUAGGUUGUGUAUUUUAAGUGAGGAAUUUAUGUAGAAAGUAAUACCUGAAAUAGCUU